UUCCUCCGCCCAGAUGGCAGGCCAGCCAUGUCCGUGCUGGACCUGGGAGAGAGCUGGCGUGUCUACCACGCCGACUGGAAGUGCGGCUCGGGCUGCGUGGACAACUGCACACAGUGCGAUGCUGCCACUGAAGCCCUCUACUUCGGUUCUGACUACUGUGGCUUCCUCAAUAAGACAGACGGCCCCCUGUGGGAGUGUGGCACUGUUGUGGACCCCACAGCCUUUGUGCACAGCUGUGUGUAUGACUUGUGCAGUGUAAGGGACAAUGGCACGCUCCUCUGUCAAGCUAUCCAGGCCUAUGCCCUGGUGUGCCAAGCCCUUGGCAUCCCAAUUGGAGACUGGCGAAUCCAGACCGGGUGUGUGUCCACCGUGCGGUGCCCGAGCUUCAGCCACUACUCUGUGUGCACCAGCAGCUGCCCCAACACCUGCUCUGACCUGACGGCCUCUCAGAGCUGUGCCACGCCAUGCACUGAGGGCUGCGAGUGUAACAAGGGCUUCGUCCUCAGCACCAGCCAAUGUGUCCCGCUGCACAAGUGCGGCUGUGACUUUGAAGGCCACUACUAUACCAUGGGGGAAUUCUUCUGGGCUACGGCCAACUGCACCGUUCAGUGUCUGUGUGAGGAGGGUGGGGAUGUCUACUGCUUCAACAAGACCUGCCGCAGCGGGGAGGUAUGUGCAGUGGAGGACGGCUACCAGGGCUGCUUCCCCAAGCGGGAGACCGUGUGCCUGCUCAGCCAGAACCAGGUGUUGCACACCUUCGAUGGUGCUGCCUAUGCCUUCCCCUCUGAGUUCUCCUAUACCCUCCUGAAGACCUGCCCCGAGCAUCCUGACUACUUGGAAAUCGACAUCAACAAGAAGAAGCCUGACGCAGGACCCAGUUGGCUCCGGGCUCUUCGGAUUCUGGUGGCUGAUCAGGAGGUCAAGCUAGGAGGAGUUGGGGCUUCAGAAGUCAAGGUGAAUGGUCAGGAAGUAGAAUUACCCUUUUUCCAUCCUUCGGGGAAGCUGGAGAUUUAUCGAAACAAAAACAGUACUACGGUGGAGUCCAAGGGCGUGGUGAGCGUCCAGUACUCAGACGUGGGCCUGUUGUACAUCCGGCUGUCCACAGCGUACUUCAACUGCACUGGGGGCUUGUGUGGCUUCUUCAAUGGCAAUGCCAGUGAUGAGUUCUGCCUCCCCAAUGGCAAGUGCACGGACAACCUGGCCGUGUUCCUGGAGAGCUGGACGACAUUCGAGGAGAUCUGCAACGGGGAGUGCGGGGACCUGCUGAAGGCCUGCAACAACGACUCGGAGCUGCUCAAGUUCUACCGGAGCCGCGCCAGGUGUGGCAUCAUCAACGACCCCUCCAACAGCUCCUUUCUAGAGUGUCAUGGGGUCGUCAAUGUCACUGCCUACUACCGCACCUGCCUCUUCCGCCUGUGCCAGAGUGGGGGCAAUGAGUCAGAGCUCUGCGACUCUGUGGCCCGCUAUGCUAGUGCUUGCAAGAAUGCCGAUGUGGAGGUGGGCCCCUGGCGAACCUAUGACUUCUGUCCUCUGGAGUGCCCUGAGAACAGUCAUUUUGAGGAGUGUAUGACAUGUACGGAGACCUGUGAGACCCUGACCCUGGGCCCCAUCUGUGUGGACAGCUGCUCUGAGGGAUGUCAGUGUGAUGAGGGUUAUGCCCUUCAGGGCAGCCAAUGUGUCACCCGGAGCGAGUGUGGCUGCAACUUUGAGGGGCACCAACUUGCUACCAAUGAGACCUUCUGGAUGAACCAGGACUGCCAGAUCUUCUGCUACUGCAAUGGCACAGACAACAGUGUGCACUGUGAGACCAUUCCCUGCAAGGAUGAUGAAUAUUGUGUGGAGGAGGACGGUCUGUACUACUGCCAGGCCCGCACCGAUGCCUCCUGCAUUGUCUCAGGUUACGGCCACUACCUGACCUUUGAUGGCUACCCGUUUGACUUCCAGACCAGCUGCCCACUCAUCCUGUGUACCACAGGAAACAGGCUGAGCUCAGACCUUUUCCCCAAGUUCACUGUGACAGCCAAGAAUGAGGACCGGGACCCGUCACUGGCCUUGUGGGUCAAGCAGGUGGAUAUAACAGUGUUUGGCUACAGCAUUGUGAUUCACCGGGCUUACAAGUAUACUGUGCUGGUCAACAAUGAAAGGCUGUAUCUGCCCUUGAAACUGGGGCAAGGGAAGAUAAACAUCUUUUCCUUUGGCUUCCAUGUGGUCGUGGAGACUGACUUUGGCCUGAAGGUUGUGUAUGACUGGAAGACCUUCCUGUCCAUCACAGUCCCACGCAGCACGCAGAACAGCACCUAUGGCCUGUGUGGCCGCUACAACGGCAACCCGGACGAUGACUUGGAGAUGCCCAUGGGUCUGCUCGCACUGAGUGUCAGUGAGUUUGGGCAGAGCUGGGUGAAGAGGGACACCUUCUGCCAGGUGGGCUGUGGGGACCGCUGUCCAUCCUGUGCCAAGGCUGAAGGUUUCUCCAAGGUGCAACAGCUAUGCAGCCUGAUCCCCAACCAGAAUGCUGGCUUCGCCAAGUGUCACAGCAAAGUCCACCCCACCUUCUUCUAUAAGAACUGCCUGAUUGACUCUUGUAUUGAUGGGGGCGCAGAGCAGACAGCCUGCAGCUGGCUACAGAACUAUGCCAGCACCUGCCAGACUCAGGGGAUUGCAGUGACUGGCUGGAGGAAUUACACAUCCUGCUGUGAGUCCUUCUUAUUUCUCCUUGUCGGAAUUGUU